CAAAUACGGAAAUAGAAGAGGGAAGGUGUAAACGUCAGCGUUGUACUUUUUUGUACUUGGAUUCUUAUACGUUGUGGUUUAUUUAUGGUUUAAGACGUUUCAUAAAUUCUAGAAAUUAUUUAGAUAGCAAAUCAACUUAAUUUGUUUUUCAUUCUAUGGAGUUUUUGCAGCUUCUGUCAUGUGCGUGUAUCGUGUUUACGGUCGGGAUGUUCUCGACUGGACUGACCGAUCUGAAAAAGAUGAGGGCAACACAAAGUGCCGAUAAAAUCCAAUUCCUCCCUUUCCUUACCACUUGCCUAAAUAACCUAGGAUGGCUGUAUUAUGGCCUUCUGAAGAAAGACGGCACAUUAAUCAUUGUGAACACAAUUGGGGCCUGUCUGCAGACUCUCUAUAUACUGGCUUACUGCCACUACACCAAAGAGAGAAGACGAGCGUUGCAGCAGACCCUGGUGAUGGUGUGUACGCUGGGCUUGGGCUGGGGAUACUUCAGUGUGAUCGUCUCCCAGGGCGACGUCCAGCUCUCCCAGCUCGGCCUAGUGUGCAGCGUCUUCACCAUCAGCAUGUACCUGUCUCCACUGGCUGACCUGCUGGAGAUCAUCCGCAGUCGUUCGGUGGAGUGCCUGUCCUUUCCUCUGACCGUGGCCACCUUCCUUACAUCCACUGCGUGGACACUCUACGGCAUGCAGCUGCAGGACUUCUACAUCAUGGUCCCCAACACACCAGGCAUCGUCACCAGCCUCAUUCGCUUCUUCCUCUUCUGGAGUUUGGGAUCGGAAAGUCAGGGCAAGCCCCCCUACAAGCCCGUCUCCGUAUAAACGGAGCCCUGGACCCACCACCAAGUGCCUUCUUCCUGGAACUUUCUCCUGUGUGCUCUUAGAAACAGCCUCCACUCUCCUGCUUCUCUUGGAGCUCUCCUUCUCUGAGGAGACUACAGUUCAGUUUGUCAUAGACAGGUAUAAUUACAGAUGUCAGACUCAUUAGAAUCAGUAGAAUAGCUGAAAAGGGUUGAGCCGUGAGGGCUGGUCUAUUAUAUACUGUACAUUAUAUAAAAGGCCUGUGUGGCUCUCAAAGAACGGCUCCCAUCUUGAGCAAAAGACGUGUUUGACGGUUCUGUCCCAAGUGGCAGUGGGACAAGUGUCCUAAAGCGUCCCCACCUGCAAGGUUUCAGUUCAUUGCACUUUAAAGCGAGGAAUGACUCAACUUAUCUGUUAGAGAAUGCUGCGUUGUCCGGGUGUUAUUUUCUGGUACCUUUUACUUAUCCACUCUUUUGACCUCAGACGUGUUUGCAACAUGUAGUUCAUGCUUUCCCUUAGUCCCUUUAUCAGUAUUCUAUAUUAUGAGAGUUUAGUUGCCACGUUUUCUUUUUUUAAUACAAUGUUUUGUUGUUUUUUUAAUUUCUCUUUAAUCAUUUCCAUUGAUUCCAAUCAUUUCACAUUUUCAAUCAUUUCCAUCAUGUCCCCUUCCAUAAUUAAGAAAGACUGCAUCUCUAAUUAAGAAAGACUGCAUCUCUACAUCAACACGUGCAUUUUAGCGCAUGUAGAAAAACAUGAUAAGAAGUGAUUUUCUGAAUGCCAUUUUGAGGCCUUACAAUUUUGGCCUUGGAAGAUUUCUUUGUGAAGUCACCUAUGACCUGUUAACAAUGCAUAGCUCUAUUGGGUGUUCUUUUCUCUACACAUUCCAUUCCUCCUACAGUCCGUGUUCCCACAUUCCUUACACACAGACAGCUCUUUGUCUUAUUCGUGUGCUGGGGUGUUCCUGACGUUAGCAUGCCAUCUCUCCUACACUGCCAUGUACAGUACAUCAAGAGAGGACCCACCAGAGCCAGAGCUAUCGGAUAGUUGGCCAGCUGCCCUCUGACCUCUAUGUGACCUUUACUUGACCCUUGUAGAAAGGGGAAGAAGCUCUUCUUAUGCAUAGGGGUCGCUGUGCCCACCAAGGCACAGUUGUCUUUAUGACAAAGAGCCAGUGUACAUGGACUGAUGAGUGACUGAAACUUCUGUGUGUCCAGAAACAAGUGACCACUGUCAAUGGAGUCAGGUUAGCGUAGGGCCACUGCCGAUUUUGAUAAAUUAAAGGGAUUGUUUUUUUU